AUGAGGAUGGGGACUUGGUAGCCUUUUCCAGUGAUGAGGAGCUGACCAUGGCCAUGUCCUACGUGAAGGAUGACAUCUUCCGCAUCUACAUUAAAGAGAAGAAGGAGUACCGAAGGGAGCACCGCCCCCACUGUGCACAGGAAGCGCCUCGCCCCAUGGUGCACCCCAAUGUGAUCUGUGAUGGCUGUGACGGGCCUGUGGUGGGAACCCGCUACAAGUGCAGUGUGUGCCCGGACUACGACCUGUGCGCCGUCUGCGAGGGGAAAGGCAUUCAUAGGGAGCACAGCAAGCUCGUGUUCGCCAGCCCCCCGGGACACUGUGUUGAGGGCUUGUCUCUCAGCCGCCUGCUCCGGAAGCUGAAACACGGCCACAGCCGGUGGCCUGGCUGGGAGAUGGGCCCACCAGGCAACUGGAGCCCUCGUCCUCCUCGAGCAGGGGACUCCUGUGCCAGCCCCGCCUCGGAAUCAGCUUCUGGCCCAUCAGAGGAUCCCAGUGUAAAUUUCCUGAAGAAUGUAGGGGAGAGCGUGGCAGCUGCCCUCAGCCCUCUGGGCAUUGAAGUUGACAUAGAUGUGGAACACGGAGGGAAGAGGAGCCGUCUGACCCCCGUCUCCCCAGAGAGCUCUGGUACCGAGGACAAGGGCAGCUCUCAGCCCAGCAGCUGCUCUUCUGAACCCCGCAAACCCGAUGGUGACGGUGCAACGCAGUCUCUGGCGGAGCAGAUGAAGAAGAUCGCCCUGGAGCCCCUGGGGCAGACUGAGGAACAGAUGGAAUCUGACAACUGUUCUGGUGGAGAUGACGACUGGACUCACCUGUCCUCAAAGGAAGUGGACCCAUCCACAGGGGAGCUUCAGUCUCUCCAGAUGCCAGAGUCGGAGGGGCCCAGCUCUCUGGAUCCUGCCCAGGAGGGGCCCACAGGGCUGAAGGAGGCGGCCUUGUACCCACAUCUCCCACCAGAGGCUGACCCCCGGCUGAUUGAGUCACUGUCGCAGAUGCUGUCCAUGGGGUUCUCAGAUGAAGGUGGCUGGCUCACCCGGCUCCUGCAGACCAAGAACUAUGACAUUGGGGCUGCGCUGGACACCAUCCAAUAUUCGAAGCACCCACCGCCGUUGUGAUGCGCUCGUGGCCCUGGUCUAGCCUGGUCUGGCCUGCUUUCUUGCCUCCUGGUGGCGUUAAGUAGUGUAGAGCAGCAAGCCUGUGAGGGCCACUUUCUUGGUGUCCUUCCAGAAUCUUGGGGUGGGGACGAGCCAUGGGGCGGGAGGGCAGGAGACUCAGGCAUGGGUGACAGAGUCAGGGCUUCUGCUGCCCCUGCCAUGUCACCAGCACAGACAUGUCUUGCUCAUGGCCUUGUGCUUUUUCUUUCUUACAAAUGACUAAUCAUAGACCCCUAGCUGAUGCUGUUGGGUGCCGUCACCGCUCGUGAGUCCUGGGGGAGGUGAGGCCCAGGCCAGCGCGUUUCCUGUUGGAAGUGGCGAGGGGCUGGUGAGGGAUGUCACUCAGCGGCCUUCUGCGUGACCACUCUAGUCUCAUGUCUAAAUGUAGUAACCGCUCUUUAAGGAAAUUCCUUUGUAGCCACCCUGUUCGCUGAUCUGGAAUCACCUGUCAUUAAACGGCGUAUGCACUUUAA